UCUCUAGGUAACAGGAGAAUUCGAGUGGACGUUGCUGAUCAAGCACAGGAUAAAGACAGGGAUGAUCGUUCUUUUGGCCGUGAUAGAAAUCGGGAUUCUGACAAAACAGAUACAGACUGGAGGGCUCGUCCUGCUACAGACAGCUUUGAUGACUACCCACCUAGAAGAGGUGAUGAUAGCUUUGGAGACAAGUAUCGAGAUCGUUAUGAUUCAGACCGGUAUCGGGAUGGGUAUCGGGAUGGGUAUCGGGAUGGCCCACGCCGGGAUAUGGAUCGAUAUGGUGGCCGGGAUCGCUAUGAUGACCGAGGCAGCAGAGACUAUGAUAGAGGCUAUGAUUCCCGGAUAGGCAGUGGCAGAAGAGCAUUUGGCAGUGGGUAUCGCAGGGAUGAUGACUACAGAGGAGGCGGGGACCGCUAUGAAGACCGAUAUGACAGACGGGAUGAUCGGUCGUGGAGCUCCAGAGAUGAUUACUCUCGGGAUGAUUAUAGGCGUGAUGAUAGAGGUCCCCCGCAAAGACCCAAACUGAAUCUAAAGCCUCGGAGUACUCCUAAGGAAGAUGAUUCCUCUGCUAGUACCUCCCAGUCCACUCGAGCUGCUUCUAUCUUUGGAGGGGCAAAGCCUGUUGACACAGCUGCUAGAGAAAGAGAAGUAGAAGAACGGCUACAGAAGGAACAAGAGAAGUUGCAGCGUCAGCUGGAUGAGCCAAAACUAGAACGACGGCCUCGGGAGAGACACCCAAGCUGGCGAAGUGAAGAAACUCAGGAACGGGAACGGUCGAGG